CUAUUCGAGACAUCGAUUUGUUGAAUUCCGUAACUUUCUUCACGGCGCAGGAUCGCCAGUGUUUGCUAGUCUGCUUGCUGUUUUUCUGUUCUGUCAAAAUACGGCAAUGCGACGCCUUUUCGUUACAUACAGAGAACGUUCAUUAGGAUGAUGUCUAACACUUGAAGCACAAAGGGUUAAAGUUCUCAUGUAUUCCGUGUAUCUAGUGUUGUUUAUUCAAAUACACUGUGGACAUAACUACCCAAUGUGUAAUGGGUGGCUGUUGACAGGGCAAGAGGAGUCCUAGAACCAAACAAUGGAUCAAUACCUCGAGGAGGAGGGCACAGAGGCAACGAAUUACUCUUUAACGUGCGUGACGUGUCCUACAAAUCACGAAACCGAGCAACAAUAAAUACGUUCGACUACAUAAUAAUAUAUAAUACUCGGAAGAUCGUUGCACACCGAAGAAGGACACACCCCACUUAGAAUAAAAAUAUAUAAAUACCUGACACAUCAUCGCUGAGCUCAGCACAACAUAAUACUCUUGAAUUACUCAGUAAUUUAUUAAAUACAACUAACAACAUGGAAAAGUCAGAUAAGACCUCGAAAAAACGUUCCACAAGAUCUAUCGCAAUGGAUGGCGGAACACAAUGUGUCCAAGUAGUUGUUCGGUGCAGACCAAUGGAUGAGAAAGAAUCCGCACGUGGACACACUAGGGUUGUCGAUGUUGUUCCAUCCAGAGGAGUUGUGGAAAUUCGUAAUCCACGAGAGGAUCAAUCUCGAGAUAAUGUCAAGGUCUUCACAUUUGACGCUGUUUAUGACUGGCAUUCUAAACAACAGGAUUUGUAUGAGGAAACUGUUCGUCCAUUAGUAUCUUCUGUGCUCGAUGGUUUCAAUGGAACUAUAUUUGCCUACGGACAAACUGGUACAGGCAAGACUUUCACCAUGGAAGGUAUUCGAGCUGAUCCUGAACGACGAGGCAUUAUUCCGAGAUCUUUUGAUCACAUCUUUAGUCACAUUAGCAGAACAGAAAACAUGCAAUAUUUGGUCCGUGCAAGCUACUUGGAAAUUUACCAAGAAGAAAUUAGAGAUCUAUUACAUAGAGAUCAAAGCUUGAGGUUUGAAUUGAAAGAGAAACCCGAUACAGGAGUAUUUGUUAAGGACUUAUCAACUUCAGUUUGUAAAAGUGCAGCUGAAAUUCAACAACUUAUGAACAUGGGGAAUCAAAACAGAACAAUCGGAGCUACUAAUAUGAAUGAGCACAGCUCCCGGUCCCAUGCAAUUUUUUUAAUAACAAUAGAAAUGGGAACCAUUGGAGAUAGUGCUGGGAUCAGAGUUGGACGACUCAAUCUAGUUGAUUUAGCAGGCAGCGAAAGACAAAGUAAGACUGGAGCCAGUGGUGAAAGGUUGAAAGAAGCUAGUAAAAUUAAUUUAAGUUUAUCUGCACUUGGAAAUGUGAUUUCUGCAUUGGUAGAUGGGAAAACAACGCAUAUUCCAUACAGAGACUCCAAACUCACAAGACUUUUGCAGGAUUCACUUGGGGGAAACUCGAAGACUAUUAUGGUAGCUAAUAUAGGACCCGCAAGCUAUAAUUACGACGAAAGUUUGACGACUUUACGAUAUGCGAAUCGGGCAAAGAAUAUUAAAAAUAAACCUCGAAUCAAUGAGGACCCUAAAGAUGCCUUGCUGAGACAAUAUCAAGAGGAAAUCAAUCGGUUGAAGGAAAAGCUCGCACAAAAAGAAACCGUACAACGCAAGAAAAGAAAGUCAAAGAAGAAGAAAGAAGAUGGAACUGUAGAUUCCGAUUCCGAAACUGAAGAUAGCAGAGAUGAUAAUAAGAUCAGUGAGGCUGAUAAGAAACUUAUUGCAGAUCUGCUUAAAACUGAGAAACAAGAGACCGAGUUUUUGGUUCUCAGAAUCAAAGACCUUGAAAGCAAGAUGCUCUGUGGUGGAAAAAACAUCAUCGAUCACACAAAUGAACAGCAGAGAGCUCUUGAACAGAGAGCAUCGGAGAUAGCGGAGCGUAAGAAGAGGGAAGUGGAAAUGCAGCAAAAAUUAGAAGAGGAAGAAGUGACCACUUCAGGAGUUAGAGAGACUUACACAACUUUGCAGCAAGAAGUCGAUGUGAAAUCAAGAAAAUUGAGAAAGUGUUUUGCCAAACUCCAAGCUCUAAAACAAGAACUGCACGAUGUAACUGGGGAAUUUAACAGAGAUAGAAGAGAUUUGGAGCAAACGCAACACGAACUAAUGAAAGAGCUAAAACUAAAGUACCUUAUAAUUGAUAACUUCAUCCCAGUUGAAGAAAAACACAAAAUAUUGUCCAGAGUUCGGUUUGAUGAGGAUGAAGAUUGUUGGGUGGUCAAAGACCCUGAACCCUCGAGCGUCGAUCUGAUCAGAAGACCAACAUCUGUUCCUGGUGCACGCAGACCAGUAUCAGAAUAUGCCAAGAUUGCUCUUGCCAUGGGAAGAGGCCAUCGCUAUGCCGGAGAAAAUAUCUUAAACUUGGAACUAGACAUGCCACCUAGAACAACAUUGGACUAUCAGGGUCCAGUAAUUGCUCCGACUAUUCAGGCUGUCCUUGAAGAAGCGUUGCGAGAUGAGGGAGAUAUAGACGUAGAUGCUUCCAAUGCAAGACUCAGAUCAAAGCCACGUUUACAAUCUGCUAAAGUUCGCCCCAGAAGCGUUAACAACAAGGUCCAGCAAAUACCAGCUCCAGUUUAUCCUAAAACUAGAGGACUAGUACCCAAGUAGUUAAUGUAUUUUAUCUUAAGUUGAGAACUUUUGUUAUUUUUUACCAUCAUUUUUUGUAAAUAUGUACUAUCACACGUUGUAUGCUUGUUUAAUUUAUUUCAUUAUUUGUGAUAUGGCCGUGGGUCUCGAUUCGAGGGAGAGACGGAAAAAUAACUUAGACUGAAUCCUUGUAACUCUCUAGUCAAUGUGCAAUGUCAGCUGCUUGCUAUGAAUAAUGAUUACCUAACUGCUAAAAUAAAGCACUAUAAUGCCACACUUUACAGUGUCAGCUAACUAAUCUGUUACCCUGCAUCCUAAAAUUCAUAUUAUAUGCAAUUAUUAUUCCAACAUUCCGUUAAUGAUCACCAAACGAAGUUUGUUCACAUUAGGAAAAAUUAGGAGAAUAUAAAUUCUUAACUUCGCACUUGUAUUAAUUAUAUCUCAGGUAAUCAAUCGUGCAUUUGUAUUAUGUUAACGCAUUAAUAAUUAGUUUUAUCUAAUUAAUAUUUGUAUUGAAAACUAGCCAACUGAUUGACUUGUACCUUUAGCAAAAAAUCGAUAUUUAGGGUUGUUGUAAUAAAUUGAACCCCUUUGACGUU